UCCACGUGGUCUACAUUAUAGGCAGAGAAACAGACGCAGCAGUGCUGUGUCUUGCCGUGUUGUGUGUAUACGUUCGUGCGAUAAAAACAACAGUAAAUCAACAAAAAUACAUCAAAAUGGUGCUGGAUCUCGAUCUGUUUCGCGAGGAGAAGGGCUUCAACCCGGAGCUGGUGCGCGAGAAUCAACGCAAGCGAUUCUCGCCCGUCGAGCUCGUCGACAAAGUCAUCGAGUGCGACAAGACCUGGCGACAGCUGCGUCACCGGGCCGACAAUCUCAACAAGCUCAAGAACCUAUGCAGCAAGCAGAUCGGCGAGAAGAUGAAGAAGAAGCUGCCCCAGGGCGACGAGACCGAGGUGCCGGCUGAGAUCGCCAAGGAUCUCGACAAUCAGGUCACCGUGGAUAACCUACAAAAGCUCAACGUCGCCCAGAUCAAGCAGAUACGCGUGCUCAUCGACAAGGCCAUCCUCGAGAACGACGCCGAGCUCAACGUCUACGACGGCCAGAGGAGCGACGCCCUCCGCGAGGUCGGCAAUCAGCUGCACGACUCGGUGCCGGUCAGCAACAACGAGGACGAGAAUAGGGUUGAACGAGUAUUUGGCGAUCUUACAAUCAAGAAAACAUACUCUCACGUAGAUUUAAUACACAUGAUCGAUGGCAUGGAUGGAGAUCGAGGUGUAGCAGUUUCAGGUGGAAGAGGAUACUUUUUAACUGGACCUGCUGUUUUCUUAGAGCACGCUUUGAUUCAAUAUGCUCUUCAUAAAUUGCAUAAAAAAGGCUACAAGCCUUUGUACACUCCUUUCUUCAUGAGGAAAGAUGCCAUGCAGCAAGUUGCACAAUUGUCCCAAUUCGAUGAAGAAUUAUACAAGGUAAUAGGAAAGAGUAGUGAAAAGGGUGAUGAAAAAGAACUAGAAGAAAAAUACCUUAUUGCUACAUCAGAACAACCUAUUGCAGCGUUUCACAGAGGAGAGUGGAUUGCUAAAGAACAAUUACCAAUUAAGUAUGCUGGUAUUUCAACUUGCUUUAGACAAGAAGUUGGCUCGCAUGGAAGAGACACUAGAGGAAUUUUUAGAGUUCAUCAAUUUGAAAAAGUUGAGCAAUUCUGUUUAACUUCUCCACAUGAUAACAAAUCUUGGGAAACAAUGGAUGAAAUGAUUAGCAAUGCAGAGGAAUUUUAUCAAGAUUUAAAUAUUCCUUACAGAAUUGUAAAUAUUGUAUCAGGUGCUUUGAAUAACGCUGCUGCAAAGAAGCUUGAUUUAGAAGCAUGGUUCCCUGGUUCAGCAGCAUUUAGAGAACUUGUAUCGUGCAGCAACUGCUUAGAUUAUCAAGCUAGGCGUCUAUUAGUCAGAUAUGGCCAAACUAAAAAGAUGAAUGCUGCCACAGAAUAUGUUCAUAUGUUGAAUGCUACUAUGUGUGCAGCAACAAGAGUAAUUUGUGCAAUUUUAGAAGUACACCAAACAGAGACUGGAAUUAAAGUACCAAAAGUCUUAGCUAAAUGGAUGCCUGAAGAAUAUCAAGAGGAGUUGCCUUUUGUUAAACAAGCUCCAAUUGAUGAAGCAAUGAAGAAAAUGAAGAAAAUAUAAUAAAGUUGAUAUUCCAAUUACUUUUAAUGUGAACUAAAUGUACUAUGUACAGAAUGUUUCGUAAAAAGUAUGAUUCCUUAACUGAACGUAAUUUGUUAAAAAUAUACACUUUUUACAACGA